AGCAGACAACGGAAGUUACGUUCUGGCGAAACCAAAAUUGUAAAUAUGCAAGCGAGAUGAGGGUAGCGUAGCCAAGCUUAGCCUUGACAAGUUAGCCCAUUUCUAAAAAGGCUCUGUGUAAACACAACGUCCCUAGUUUAUCUGAAUGUGUUUGAGGUUUCUUGAGUGAGCCAAAAUGGAAAACUUCGAUCGAACUCCCGGAGCUGGUCGUGUCCGGCUGGGGAAGCCUACCGGACUGGGGGAGACGCAGACGAAGCACCCAGAGAUCGGGGACGGGGACGCAAAACCGGGCAUGUUUAACCCCCUUGAGCCGCUCAGACAACCUCGGACGUCCCCGCCGUUGUUAGACAGCAGCGCUUCUGGAGGCGGGGACUCCAGAAGAUCGACGAAAACCAAAACAAACUCUACACAGACCCCAAACAGCACCGCCUUAAAUUUGCACAAACCAGAAGAUGUAGUGGGGAAGUCCACGCUGUCCGCCAAUGCACCAGAGUUUUUCCCAUCCACCUUUGCGUAUGAGGAGUCGUAUGAGGAUGAGGAUGAAGGGGAUGGCUACUACCCUCCAUCCACACUGGCUGACUUGGUGCAGGAGAUUCUCAGCCACCUCAACUCCUCGCCGGGCUCCUUUGAGUUUGAUAUAGACAACAUCACCGCCACCCUCAAUGAGUGGGUGGGGACAGAGAAGACCCUGGAGGAGCUGGUGGAGCUCAUUUAUACCCAGUCCACAUCUAUUCCUAACUUUGCUUACACUGGAGCAAGGCUCUGCAACCACCUCUCCCAUAACUUGGCCCUCUCCCCAGCCAGCGGCAACUUCCGUCAGCUGUUGUUGAAGAGAUGUCGAACUGAGUAUGAGCAAAGAGAUGUGGUGGUGCGAGGAGACAAGGACACCCAAAAGAGUUUUCACUCAUACGUAUUGUUCCUGGGAGAGCUUUACUUAAACCUUGAGGUUCGAAGUCCCAAAGGUCCCCCUACCAGAGCGGCUAUUUUGCUCUCCGCUUUAAAGGAUUUGUUGAUGGCGCUUUUUUCCCAUCCCGUAGACGCUAAUCUUAUCUGUGCUGUGAAAUUGCUAAAGCUGACUGGCUCUGUGCUGGAGGACGCCUGGAAGGAGGGCGGGAAGUCGGACAUGGAAGACAUCAUCCAGAAGAUCGAGAAUGUGGUGCUGGAUGCCUCCUGCAGCAGUAGGGAUGUGAAGCAGAUGCUCUUGAAGCUGGUGGAGUUGAGGUCGAGUAACUGGGGCCGCGUCCUCGCCGCCGCCGCCUCCAGCGAAGCCACGCCAGACAACGACCCCAACUACUUCAUGAACGAGCCCACAUUCUACACGGCAGAUGGGACGCCAUUCACGGCCGCAGAUCCAGAUUACUCAGAGAAGUACCAGGAGAUACUGGACAGAGAGGGUUACUAUGAUGGAGACUAUGAGGAAAAUGGAAAUGAUACAUUUGAUACAGAAGAUGAUGACGAGAUGGAUCCUGAAAUCGAGGAGGCUUUUGAAAAGUUCUGCCUGGAGUCGGAAAGGAAAAAGCGUUCGUAAUGUGAAAUACUUUUAAAGACUUUGGCUUUGGCUCAAAAGAAAGCUCAUCGACAUUUAGUAUGACCUGCUGGAUUGUUUUCGACUGGAAACGUUAAACAACAACAAAAAAAGAAUACCGAAAACCAAUUUAAAGUUCAUUUUUUUCCGUAGAGUUCAGUGUGAAUAUAGCACUUCCUAGUGGUUCUGUUGCCGUUUAAUUUAAUGGCUGGGAUUCCUGUUUGUAAGAUUCGGCGACCGGUGUCUACCACACAGUUAUUACACUGUACCCAACAGUUUGCAGUUCGACUCCUCAUUGGAAAAGUUCAUUGUUUUUUUUUGUUAGUUUUUUUUCUUUUUCUUUCCUGUCGAACUUUGUCUCUGCUGCAUGCGAAGAAACAGAGUGAAAGAGAGAGAGAGAGAAAGGUGUGGAGUGAGGUUUUUUUUUUUUUUUUAAACUUAACAGCCGAGAAGCAUCAUCAACUGUGUGUGUGUGUGUAGUUUGAGAUUGCUUACUAACACAAUUGCGACAAGUGCACCCAAAGAAAGUUCUGACCAUGGCGUCAGCUUUACCCACUGUAUCAUUUGCAUAGCACACUCCAGCGACAAGGGUAAGUAAUCAGUUCAACGUUGUGGUCAAACUCUAGCCAAUAUUCAGUUCAUAUAAGACAAGUCUUUGACGGAAACGUAAGCGGAGAGCUUUAAGGUUUAAGGAAAACUUGGGUGAGGGAAAUGUUGAACAUGUUAAAAUCCUUGGGAUUUUAUUUUAUUUUAUGUUUUAUUUUCCCAUAACUCUUUUUAAGGUUCAACUGAGUCUUUGUUCGGUUUGAAUCUUUGGCACUGCUGGUGAAGAGAGAAAUCAGCCUAUGUUCAUUUAUUGUUUUUAGAUUUUAAUUUAUUUCAUUUUGAAUUUUACCUGUGAAACAUUACUCCAAAUUGCACUGUUUGUCAGUUUUGAUGAAGCUGCAGAUGUACAAGGUGGAUUUGCUUAAAUCAUACUUGGUGUUAAUACUCAUCAUCCCAUCAUAUGAAUCCCAUAAACAAGAAUGUUAUUUUAUAGUUUUGUAAAUAUUUACUUUAUCGGUUGCCUGCAAUAAAUCUUUGUAAAACA